AUGGUGUCCAACUAUGCGCAUUUCUGCAGCAACUUGCGGCACAUGCACUGGUACGUGGUCUGCGCGCCCACUCUGCUCGGGGGCAUCGCGGCGAUCCUCACCUUCCGCUGGAACCUGCAGGCUCGCAGGGCUAUGCCGAUGAGCGCGCUGCUCCGCUCGCAGACCGUCUUCUUGCUCCUCGGCUGCGGCCUGUCCGGCGGCUUCCAGACGCUGAGGCCUCUGAGCCAGGGAGGGUGCGGCGUCGACGACAAGUAUCUGGUCUUUGGUGCGGUGCCGAUGCUGGCUGGAGCCAGGUUUCCCACGAUUCCGGAGUGGUCGUUCAGGUUCGCGAGUAGCCUCGAGGCCUACCUGACGGGCAUCACCGUGCUCAGUCUGCUGCUGGUGGAGCCCCGCUUGCGGCAGGCGUUCAACCCGCUUUGGGAGAAGCGCGUGAGGAGCACUUGGAUGGAAGUUGUGCUGUCCUGGUCCGCGGGCGUCUUCUUCACCGUGGGGUAUCCCCUCUGGAAUCUGUGGUUCCUCGCGAGUCUGCCUCCCGUGGACCAGGAGGAGUCCGAAGGUCCCUCGGUUAGGUUUGCGAACUACGAGGACAAGGAUUGGUCGUACUUCUUUUGGACCCUGGGGGAUAUCGCGGGCUUCCUAUUUGGUCUGGUUCUGGCCCUUCUCGCGCGCAGGAGGGAGCGCGACAUGCUGGCCUACCUCACGCCUCCGGGCAGAAAGCCCAAAAGCACUGAGCUCGUGGGGGCCCGCGUCGAAGUGGGCACGCCGCCGCUUCCAGAAUCUUCGUCAACGGAGGCGAGCGAGCGCUCGAGCUCCUGCUUCUGGUCCUGGUGUUUUUGCAGCUGCAGGCGGCGCACGCCGCUGUUCCCGGUGUUCGCCGCGGCGAGGAAUCCAGUGUUCAUUGCCUUCAUCGGUCUGCGCACGUUCAGGCUCUUCGGUGCCCUUUACGUGGUCGACGUCACGACCGCGGAGUACCUGAACGGCUUUGCGGCGCAGCUCAUCUGCUGCAUCGCGAUGUUCCGCUACGCCGACGCGGCGAGGCCGCUGCGCGAUCCCGUCCUCUGGCUCAGCAUGCAGCAGCAGGAUGCAGAGCAGCAAGAUGCACAGACAGAGGUGAACCCUGCAUCGGCCAGCGAUUCAUGCCUGGUUGCGCUGCUUCGUGACACGUGGCUCCAUCGCAUCUGGUCGUGCUUGACCUCGCUGCUCGUAGAUUCGAUGCGAAUGGUGGUGUUAUUUCCGGUGCUGACACUCCUGCCAAGCAUCCAUAUGGAUGUGCAGGUUUUUAGGCAGCUCCUCCAGAGGAUGGGCUUGAAAGAUAUUACGUCUGACAAGACGCUUUUGAUCGAACUCUUAUCCCUUGUGCCAAAGAAGGAGAUCGAGAAGGGCAGGAGAGCAUGGUCGGACUGGCAGCUGAUGCUCUCGCACAAGGAGACGAGCCUGGCGCACGGGGGGCGGAUGGACACGACGAGGUGCGACGUCGACGUGGAGAGGCCCGAGAAGGUGCCCUGCCCGGAGGGCCUGCCUCCAGGAAUCAGCGGCGUCCUGUCGCUGCUGACCGCCAUUUUCAGGCUGCUGACCGGCUGGCUCGGCCUGGCCAUCGCCAUGUUUGGCAACAACGUACUGUGGAAUCGCAAGUUCUCGCGCGUGUGGUACGCGCUGGUGUGCGUAGGGAGUGGGCUGUACCUUUUCGUCGGGCCGAUUGACAUCCUGCUGGCGAUCGACACGGUCGGCCUCCCGGAUGCCACGGUUAUAUGGCCUCAACCUUCGUGGAUUGAGAUGUUCUCUUAUCUUGGCCUGUUCUAUUGGCUCUUCGAGAGUGCGGCCCGCGUGCUGUUCUCGCCCUGUGGCGCGCGGAACAGUGCCACAUACCGGAUAGAAACCAUGGCACGGCUCUAUUGCAGGGAGUUGCUGAAGGGCCACGAGUCCAGCGGGAGAUCUUCGUGGGCAGCCGACGAGUAUUACGAGGAGACGAUCGUGCCCACGUUGCCAGAGCAGUCAGAAUUGGUUCUCAAGAUCACGAGGAACAAGAGGCUGAAGUCCGGCAGGCUCGAAGAGGUCACCAGGAUGGUGACGGGAGAGGAGCUCCACGGGAAGUAUUCGGACCACGGCGUGGAGCUCCGGCCGGGGCAGAUCCACGACGUCAAUUUCAGCGGGGACAGCCGCCCUUGCCUCGUCCGCGAGGUGUUCGCGGACGGCACCUGCACGCUGGUCACCGAGGCUGGGAAAAUGCUGCACGGGGUCCUGGCGAAGCAGCUGACCCCGUCCAAGGUGACAGACCGCGCGAUUGACAAGAGCAGCUUCUCGGCCGUGCUGCGGCGUGCCGCGGGGCACCUCGGCUCCGCGGUUGACAGGGCGAGGUUCGAGGUGGACAAGCAGACGCACAAGGUGAGGCAGUCGGUGCACUCCAAGCUGAGAAAGGGGCCCCCCGCCGCGGAGAGCCAGCCCGAGGGCGGGGGCUGGGCAGGGGUGCCGCGGGAGGGAGCCCAGGACGAGCUGCCCCGGCCGGGGCCUUCUUCGGCCAGCUCUCGGGGAAUUUUCGAUGCUGGCGAGGAGAUGGAUCUGGACGAGGAAAGCAAGAGGUGCCUAGAGAAGUGCAGGGCAGGCAACAACUACCAGCGCAGCGUGGACUGGAGCAACGUCCGGAGGAGGAAGCUCCGGGAGCUCUUCAGCACCAGCGUGGGCUACCCCGUCCUGGUGCUCGCGGCCAUCUAUGGCUCCGCCCUGUGCGUCGUCAUGACGUCGCUGUCCAUGGCGAUGAAGACGACGCAGCUGUCCAGGGCGGUCGAAGUGAAUCGCCUCAAGGCGGUAGGGGCGCUCCGCAUCACGACGGGUGGCCUCCUCUGCGACAGCGACGAGGCCGCCUGGGCGCAGACGUGGAGGGGGGGCUCCUACGAGAGGUGCGUCUCGCUGAACGGCGACCCGGCCAUGUGCAUGACGUAUGGGCCGCUGCUCUUCGACGCGCACGAUCACGACCUGAACAGCGAGCUCGACGACACUGAAGUCCUGGAGCUGGUCCACAUGGUUCACGACGUCCUCCUCGUCCGAGUUGCGGAGGACCGGUCCGCCGUCGCCCUGCUGGAGAACGAGAUUCUGGACAUUGCGGUUCAGGUCAAGUCCAGCAGGGUGUCAGCAGCGGCCGCCUGGAACGGCAGCGCAAACGGCACCGCAAACAGCACCGUCGAGUCGAUCGAGUGUGCGGACGACGACGCGGCAGCCGUAGCCGGUGCCGCGGCGGCGGGGUUCAACGUCUCGGGUUGUCAAGAUUUGGUCACCGUGUGCGAAGACGAGGCAGUUGGAACCGAUGUCCAUCGCAUGUGCCCAGAGACCUGCGGCGCCUGCGGCAGCAAUGGCACCGAAAGCAGCAGCCUGGAGCUUGGCUGCGUGGACAACAACGAUGCGUUCAGGGUUGCGAUGGCUGCCCAAGGCUACGACAUCUCGGAGACGUGA